GUUGACCAUGCAGCAGAGAACAGCAGGCAGCGCGCACAGAGGAGACCACCUGAAACCCACAGCGUGUCACCUAACCGCUGCUUCUUACUUAUACUACUAUUUGUUUGGGAGAAAUAGCAUAAGAGACGUAAAUAAUUACCCCUAAGUGCUCACCAAAACAGACACAGCUCCAUAGGCAGAGUUUGAUGCAAGCGCAGCACUCUCCCUUUUACUUAUUUGCACUUUGGAGCUUCUGUGAAAAACUAAUAAAAACUAUUUGUUACACGUGUUUUAUAAUCGCCAUGUAAUUGUGCAGAGUGGCCCAAACAAAAGAAAGUGAGGGCUCAUUGCGACAUGUCUGAUACAAACCGGUUGCAAUCCCCCGCUGUGCUUUGUGGGUAAAGUGCGCCCCGGUUUACGCCCAUACUCGCGUGAAGAGGCCAACGAGAGCAGCUAGGCCCGGGCGCAGGGCUAAUGGAACGAUCAAUCGAUUAAAUUCCCCGCUUUUUUGCAUGUUCCCUUUUGCUUCUGGACCGUGUUAGAGCUGUGUAGAUGUUGGGGUUUUGCUUGAACACAGGACAUGCAGAAAUGUGGUGAAACGCGGGCGCUUUCUGCUUGACUUUUUGGUCGCUACUUCGGACGCGGAACUCCACUCGCUAAAGGUGAAUCAUGACAGAGUAUAAGCUGGUCGUGGUGGGAGCUGGUGGUGUUGGCAAGAGCGCACUUACUAUUCAACUCAUCCAGAAUCACUUUGUGGAUGAAUAUGACCCAACCAUCGAGGACUCAUACAGAAAGCAGGUAGUGAUUGACGGCGAGACGUGUCUCCUGGACAUCCUGGACACUGCAGGUCAGGAAGAGUACAGCGCCAUGAGAGACCAGUACAUGAGGACAGGGGAGGGCUUCUUAUGUGUCUUUGCCAUCAACAACAUCAAGUCCUUUGAGGACAUUCACCACUACAGAGAACAGAUCAAGCGGGUGAAGGACUCAGAGGACGUCCCAAUGGUGUUGGUAGGAAACAAGUGUGACCUCCCGUCCCGGACAGUGGACACCAAGCAGGCUCAGGAUUUAGCGCGCAGCUAUGGCAUUCCCUUUAUUGAGACCUCAGCCAAAACCAGACAGGGAGUGGACGAUGCCUUCUACACUUUAGUGCGAGAAAUCCGGAAGCAUAAGGAGAAAAUGAGCAAGGAGGGCAAAAAGAAGAAAAAGAAGUCCAAGACAAAGUGUGCGCUCAUGUGAAUUACCCCCUGGAUUAAAAAACAA